GGCUGCCGGCGGACGCGCGGUUGCGGUGGCAGCCAUGGUGGCGGUGGCGGCGGCGCUGCCUCUGCUCGCGUGUGGCGGUUACGCGGAGUGCUACGACUACUGCUUCAAGGACUGCAUCUCCAAGGACAAGUCCAUGAGAGACUACUGCAGCUACGCCUGCGACAAGACCUGCGCGCCCGACGCCCGGCGGCGGCGCCCCGCGGUCGUCCCCAUGAACUGCCAGCUCGCCUGCGUCAGGGAGUCCUGCCACCGUCGCCGCGCGGCUGAUGGCGACGACGACACGAAGACGAAGGCCUGCUACGGGCAGUGCUACGACGACCGCGGCUGCGAGACCAGUGCCGCCCUGCCGAGGCCUCUGCGCGCAGGCGGCGGUGCUGGCGUUGUCGGGCGGCCAGGGCCAGCGGAGUCACCGGACCACCCAUUCCACGAGAGGCAGGACGCUCACGGACCGGCGGCGGCGUCGCCCGACCAUCCAUUCCACGUGAAGCAGAAGCAGGACGCUCUCGGCCCGGCGGCGGCGGCGUCGCCUGGCCACCCGUUCCACAAGAUGCACGGCGCGGUCAAGCCGGCAGGGGAGCCGGAUCCAGGAUACGUCGUGUAUCCGGCAUGGGGCCCCGCCGUCCACUAAUCGUCGUUCGACGGCGACGACGCUCCGCCGCCAACGACGGCGAGUGCCACAUGCCUAUGCUCUCGUGUGGGCCCCGUACGUUAUUGAGCGCUACUAGUACUAGGGAAAGUGUACGUGUGAUGUGUGUCACUCAGUGUCGAUUGAUCAAUGAUGCUCAUUUUCGAGCAGACCCAGGAAUGCUGAGUGCAGAGAGCAGAGCGUUGUUCUAGAAAGUGAACCGAGGAAUAAAGUGGACAGAAAUGUUGGCUGGUUC